AUGUUGCCUUUGUCAACGGCCCAAAACACAUUCAAGGCCGUACGUGCUUGGCUCUCUCUCCCCGGCCUCUCGUUCCAUGCCUUGCCUGGCUGCAAAACGGGCCGGUUCACAUUCAAUUGCCACAACGCAGGCGAAAAUUCGACCAAUAGCACGCAGCAACGAGCCAAGGUGGCCGAGCAAGAAGCAUCGGAUGACGAGCAUGAGGAUAAUAACACCACUGGCCUGCCCUUGGCCCUGACGGCGGACGAGGAAGAGCAGGCGCAAGCCGUUUUGGCCAAGUAUAAUUGGGACAGCGACCAUCUUGAUGUCUUGACCAAUCAACUUUCUGGCGAAGUCGAGGCCCUCGAGGCGAUUGAUAGUGCGCUGGCCGCUCUUUCCCAAGUCGAGAGCGCUCUGGAGCAGUACGACAACAUUGCCAAGCCCAUGCGGCGUACAGCCAGCUUUGUUGCCGAGCAGGAACAACGCGUGCGCGUACAAGCCACCAAUACGGCCAAACUCAAAGCAUCACUGCAGAAUGUGCUGGAUCUGGUGACUUUCCCCCCCGAGCAUUUGCAAGUGAUUCGGCAGUGUGAUUUUCGAAGUGAUCCCAGCCGCGAACGCUGCCAUGCGGCGAUUUCCGCUUUGGAGUCCCACUUGGCCGUGCCCAUCGAGCCAGCCUGGCGCCACAUGAAGAUUGUUCAGCAGCAAGCCCGCGAGUACAUGCAAGCUCAGGAUACUUUUGCCAUCCGUCUUUCCCAACAUUUAGAAGCCCUCCUUGAAAAACAGGCGAGCCGCGCCGAGGCAGCGACAGAUCAGUCUGUAACAGCACACGUCAAUUUUCAUGCCCAACGUCAAAAGGAACUGCUGGCCUAUCGUGACCUGCUACUCUGGCUCAAAGCCCACGAAGCAACCGGCGACCUCUCCCGCUUUGAUUCUCUUGCACGCUCGUACUCCUCCUCUAUUUAUGCUGUGUACGAGCAGCAGCUGCAAAUGCAUGCUGAAACGACCCGCCAAAUGAUGGCCCGGGGCAAGGCUAAAGGCGAGGAGGACCGCAGCGUGCGACGCCAAAACUUUGCCGAGACCUUUGGCAAAUUGGUGGGCGCUUUUGUGGAGCGCAUCAAUGAGGAGGAUGCCCUGUGUCAACAUAUCUUCGACCUUCAGCCUGUGGAAAGCGGCUCGAGCAUGGACGUGCGGGCUACCCCCGAGCCGUCUGGGCGUGCAGCCGAGCCCGAUGGGGCCUUACCAGCAGCGAGCAAGGCCAGUGACGAUGGCACGGACCAGGAGCAACAGCAACACAUUGCGCUGCGAGACGUUGUCAAGGAGUCAAGCGAUGGAAACGAACAGCAAAUGGCGUCACUGACGGCUCGGCUCACGCUGGACGAGAUCCUUUUGACCAUUUUCGCCAGCGUGGAAAACAUUUUGAAACGAGUCAUUGAUGAGGGUUGUCAAUUGGAUUCAUUCCAUUCCAUGACCAUGACCUUGGACUUGGAUCAAUACGUGCAUUCCGCGUCGGCAAGUGGUUUUCUCAAGCGUAUUCUCGGCCGCUGCCUGGUUUUUGCCAAACGGCACUUCAACAAUUUUGUGGCGGAGCACGUCAAGAGCAUGGGAGAGGCACGCCUCAAACGCAAGGAAGCCGUGGGCAUUCUGCCAUUUAUUGUUCAGUUUGAGCAACUCGUGUUUGACCUCGAGGCCGUUGCCAAAAACUAUCCCAACCGCAAUAUUCUUGACAAGGCCUAUGAAACCUGGCUUCAAGGCAUCUUCGAUGCCAUCUAUGCUUGCUCGGAAGAGGCUCGCCAACCAGACGUCCUGCUAUUUGAGAAUUUGCACCACAUGUAUGACUUGAUGUCGCGUGUCAAGAUUGGCGUGCUCAAGGACUUUCGCCGCAAAGCACAGGAUCGGUAUCGCGAGCAUCUGCAAGCCUAUGUCAAAAGCAUUCUUGGCCGACCCAUGGAACAUCUCAGUGCCUUCUUCGAGGGAGUGGAACGGCAGCUGCAGUCGGGUACCUCGGUGGCCGAGGUGGGCUAUCAGUAUGAUUUUAACAAGCAGAAACUGCGAGAGGUCAUCAAGCUGUAUCCCGCUAAAGAGGUGAAGCGCGGGCUCGAGGCAACCUUCAAGCGGGUUGAAAAGCACCUCAGCAGCGAGGAGGGCUUGCUUGACGUUGUGUGGCGAAGCAUGCAGGAAGAGUUUAUGCGACAAUACCAGCGCUUCGAUCAACUGAUCGAACAGUGCUACAAGAAUGCAAAUGUGUCCCUCGAAUUUUCCAACGGAGAUGUUCUUCGCUUCUUUACGGAAAUUGCUCAGAAUGUCAACUAA